AUGGAGCCUCCGCGGUCCAUAAAGGAAGUCCAGAGACUCAACGGGCGCCUGGCGGCCUUAGGCCGUUUUCUAUCUAAAUCGGCUGAACGUUCCCUCCCCUUUUUCCAAAUCUUGAAAAAGAGCAAAGGGUUCGAGUGGACACCAGACUGUCAAAAGGCCUUCGAAGAGUUGAAAAAAUACUUGUUGUCCCCGCCCCUGCUUGCAAAACCAGAGGCAGGAGAAACCCUAAUCCUGUACUUAGGCGUGUCACAGGGUGCGAUCAGCUCCGUGCUGGUCAAAGAAGAAGGAGGGACUCAGCGUCCCAUCUACUAUGUAAGCAAAGCCCUACAUGACGCGGAGCUCCGGUACAGUGUGUUGGAGAAAACAGUAUUUGCCAUAGUCACUUCAUCAAAAAGGUUGGCUCACUACUUCCAAGCUCACCCCAUCCACGUACUCUCACAUCAGCCGUUGGGGAGCUUCCUACGGAAUACUAACAGCUCCGCCAGGAUGGCACGAUGGGCCAUGCACCUCAGCCAGUUUGACAUAGAUUUCAAACCAAGACCCGCCAUCAAAGGCCAAGCUCUUGCAGACUUUAUAGUGGAGUGCACAACUCGGGAAGUGACGGACCAGGUAGAAACUGAAGAUGGAGGGUGGUGGACCUUGUCCACAGACAGCUCUUCAAACAGCAAAGGUUACGGCAGUGGCGUAGUGCUCGUCACUCCGGAGGGAUUCCGCGCCUACUAUGCCAUCCGAUUCCACUUCAAAUUAUCUAACAAUGAGGCAGAGCACGAGGCCCUCUUCAAUGGACUGCGAUUGGCGGCGGGACUACGAGCUGAAAAGGUCCAAAUUCGAUGCGAUUCCAAGCUGGUGGUCAGCCAGGUGUCUGGGGAGUAUGAAGCCAACGAAGGAAGCAUGCAGAAAUACAGAGACGCGGUGUUGAGAACCCUGCGCGAGUUUGAGGGAUAUGAGAUACACCAGGUACCUAGAGAGCAGAACGCCGACGCCGACAUGCUCUCAAAGCUAAGUACCGGAGUCUCUAGCCACAUUAGGAAGAUCGCUCGACUAGAAGACCUCGAGACUUCAAGUAUCGACGUUUCGUGGGUCUUCCCUGUGCAGACUAGGGAGCCAUGUUGGAUUGAUCAUAUCAAACGAUACAAGGCAGACGGCACCUUACCGCAAGACGAGGCAGACGCAAAGGUAACGAAGUUACGGGCACCCAACUACGUUUUCUCGGGCGAUAAACUGUACAAACGCUCCUACAACGGCACGUUACUGAGGUGUCUAUAUCCAGAUGAAGCGAAGUUGGUGAUAAAAGAAGUCCACGAGGGGGUAUGCUCCGCGCACCAAGGGGCGUACACCAUCGCACGCCGCAUCAUGUUACAAGGGUAUUUUUGGCCCAAAAUGCUCAGGGACUGCGCCGAGUAUACAAAGCGAUGUCCCAAGUGCCAAGAAUUCCAAGCACUGCCGGGUCGACCUGCGACGAACUACACCCCGGUAAGCACCGCGAUUCCUUUUUCGAGAUGGGGAAUUGACCUGGUAGGGGCCCUUCCCAUGGGGACUGGAAGCAGGAAGUACAUCAUUGUGGCCAUCAACUAUUUCACGAAAUGGGUGGAGGCCGAGCCCCUGGCAAGCAUCACCGCAGCAAGGUGCAAAAGGUUUGUCGAGAAAAACAUCCUGUAUCGUUUCGGUAUCCCUCUCCAGGUAAUCACAGACAAUGGCCGACAGUUCGAGGCACGAGAAUUUUUAGAAUUCUUAGCAGGAUGGGGCGUUAAGCAUAGCUGGGUGGCAGUAUCUUAUCCUCAGGCGAAUGGGCAAGUGGAGAAUGCGAAUAGAACCAUCCUCGACGGCCUCAAGAAAAAGCUAGAAGUGGCUGGCGGAGCCUGGGUGGAGGAACUCGACGGCAUCCUCUGGGCCUAUCGCACGACACCAAGAAGGGCCACCGGAGAAACCCCGUUCGCACUCGCCUACGGAUUUGAAGCUCGGGCCCCGGUGGAAGUAAUCAUACCUAGUAGAAGGGUGGAGGAAUUCGAGUCAGAACAAAAUGAACUCCACCAAAGGGUGGAUCUGAACUUCUUGGAUGAAAAGAGAGAGGCGGCAUUCUGCAAGAUGGAGAACUACGGUCAUCAACUAAAUUCCUACCACGACGCAAAAGUCCGACCCCGAUAG